AUGGAGGAGGUUCUCGCCAGCCGCGUGCGGCGGGUCUUCUGGCUCAGAGGGAAGGCGCUGGAGCACUUCGAGAACUGUUUGGACUGCCCGUUCGAAGGCCUCACGGUCGCGGCUCGAGCGACCCAACAAAGCGGGCACAGCACGGGCAAGAGCGGCAAGGCAGCGGAGAGACUCGAUAUGUGCUUCAAUGUGCUGCGCCAUCUCACGGAGCAGAACGCGCACAAGUACGCCAGGGAGUUCGGCAUCACCGAGGCUGGCUGCCCCCGGAAGUCGCCCACCAGCAGCACCGAGAGCGACUGGGAGCAGCAAGGCCUCGGCAGCUUGCCGAAGGACCCCCACGCCAUCGCGCAGGACGACAUCGAGGAUCGGCUCGACGACCUGAAGGCGAUGCUGUACGACAUCCACGCGGACCUCAAGGCCGCCACCCCCCAGGCCGUCCCUGAGGGCGGAGUGGCGCCCGUUCGGUGGGAACGCGCUGUCAAUGGGCCCCCUCCAGCAGGACCCUCAAAGCAGUGCGUGGGGGCUGCCCAGGCAGUCAGCGUGCACAUCGAGUUCGAGGAGAUCCCUGCUGUCCCAUCUUUCGACGCCACGGCCGAGAAGCACGAGACGGCGAAGAAGGCGGGGCUCGCCGAGACACCCGAGCGGGGCGACGGCGGCGAGCUGCAGCAACAGCUCGCCGUCAGCCUGCCGCGCAACCAGCGACCGUGA